AUGGAGUUGAAGCAGGCCAAGGAGCUGGAGCGCAACACAAAGGGCUUUUCUGGUGAGUCUGCUGGCAAAUUACUGCCCACGUACGGGGUGGCUCUGGGCCUGGGGCGGUGCAGGAGCUCUAUAAAAGCCGGCCAAACUCCCCACUCGCUCAGCCACUUCUCUCGCCUCCACCUCCUUGGGAACCAGGUGCACCUCCCACCUUCAGACAUGUCCUGCUACAACCCAUGCGUGCCAUGCCAGCCCAGCGGGCCAGCCCCGCUGGCCAGCAGCUGCAGUGAGCCCUGUGUUAGGCAGUGCCAGGACUCCACCGUUGUCAUCCAACCCUCUGCCGUGGUGGUGACCCUGCCCGGCCCCAUCCUCAGCUCCUUCCCGCAGAGCACCGCCGUGGGAUCCAGCACCUCUGCUGCCGUUGGCAGCAUCCUCAGCUCUCAGGGAGUCCCCAUCUCCUCCGGAGGCUUCAGCCUCUCUGGCAUCGGCGGCCGUUACGGUGGCUCCAGGUGCCUGCCCUGCUAA